AUCUCUGGGGAUGUGGUCUUAUCUUGGCCACGCCCUCGGGGCGGGACUGGGGUAGCCCUGGCAGGGGGAGUCCCUUACUCGGCUCCAGCCAGAGUGCCGGCCCCGCCCCCAGCCCUGCCCGCGCCCACUACCCGGCCCUCCAACCGCACCCAGACCGCAGACCCUCCUAGUCUGCAGCUGUCGCUUCAGCUCCGGCCGCAGCCGCCACAGGCCCGUAAGCCUUUUCCAGGUGUCUGACUUCAUCCGCCUCCAGAACCGGAUCUUUCUCUGGUGGGGUCCUCAGCAAAGACCGCUGCCAUGCCGGUGACGGUGACCCGCACCACCAUCACGACCACGUCGUCCUCCUCCUCGGGCCUGGGCUUCCCGACCACCGUGGGGUCCCCUCGGGCGCUGACCCAGCCCCUGGGCCUCCUCCGCCUGCUGCAGCUGAUCUCCACCUGCGUGGCCUUCUCGCUGGUGGCCAGUGUGGGCGCUUGGACGGGCGCCAUGGGCAACUGGUCCAUGUUUACCUGGUGCUUCUGCUUCGCCGUGACCCUCAUCAUCCUCAUCGUCGAGCUAGGCGGCCUCCAGGCCCGCUUUCCCCUGUCCUGGCGCAACUUUCCCAUCACCUACGCCUGCUACGCCGCUCUCUUCUGCCUCUCGGCCUCCAUCAUCUACCCCACCACAUACGUCCAGUUCUUGUCUCACGGCCGCUCCCGGGACCACGCCAUCGCCGCCACCACCUUCUCCUGCAUCGCUUGCCUGGCUUAUGCCACCGAAGUGGCCUGGACCCGGGCCCGGCCCGGCGAGAUCACGGGCUACAUGGCCACCGUGCCAGGCCUGCUCAAGGUGCUGGAGACCUUCGUGGCCUGCGUCAUCUUCGCCUUCAUCAGCAACCCCUACCUGUACCAGCAGCAGCCGGCCCUAGAGUGGUGCGUGGCCGUGUACUCCAUCUGCUUCGUCCUGGCGGCCGUGGCCAUCCUGCUGAACCUGGGCGACUGCACCAACAUGCUGCCUGUCCCCUUCCCCAGCUUCCUGUCCGCUCUGGCCCUGCUCUCCGUCCUCUUCUACGCCACGGCUCUGGUCAUCUGGCCGCUCUACCAGUUCGACGAGAAGUACGGCGGCCAGCCCCGGCGGUCCAUGGAUGUGAGCUGCAGCAACAGGCACGCCUACUACGUGUGCUCCUGGGACCGCCGACUGGCUGUGGCCAUCUUGACAGCCAUCAACCUGCUGGCUUACGUGGCCGACCUGGUGUACUCGGCCCGCCUGGUGUUUGUCAGGGUCUGAGGCUCUGCCCUGGAGGGGCUACCGAUUCCCUCUUCUCAGCGGAGGUUCUUUACCAAGUUCCGAGGCCCUCUGCG